GAGGUGCCGCCCCGCCGCCGCCCCGUCCGCGCACUUCCGAGGUGGCCCGCCGAGCCGGCCGGGGGCACCCGUUGUCCCCCGGCGGGACGGAGGCGGAGAGCCGCGGCGGGACGAUGACCCAGCGCCGGGAUCCGCGUCCGUCCGCGCCGCUGGACGAGGAGCUUGAAACGCUCGGGUGGUAUCACGAUAAUCUUACCCGACAUGCAGCAGAAGCGCUGCUGCUUUCCAAUGGGCAGGAUGGAAGCUACCUCUUGAGGAAGAGUAAUGAAAGAGAAGAUUUGUACUCCCUCUCUGUAAGGGGAAAAGAUUCUGUGAAACACUUUCAUGUUGAACAUACAGGGACUUCAUUCAAAUUUGGAUUUAAUGAAUUUUCUAGCUUGAAGGAAUUAGUCAUGCAUUUUGCAAAUCAGCCUUUAAUUGGAAGUGAAACAGGAACCUUAAUUGUAUUGAAGCAUCCCUACCCACGGAAAGUGGAAGAACCUUCCAUUUAUGAGUCCGUCCGAGUUCACACAGCAAUGCAGACGGGAAGGACAGAAAACGAUCUUGUUCCAAAUGCUCCCUCACUUGGUACAAAAGAAGGAUAUUUGAUAAAACAAGGCAAAAUAGUCAAGAAUUGGAAGACAAGAUGGUUUACACUGCAUAGGAAUGAACUUAAGUAUUUCAAAGACCAGACAGCCACAGAACCAAUUCGGGCACUUGACUUAACUGAAUGCUCAGCUGUGCAAUUUGACUAUUCCCAGGAAAGAGUCAAUUGUUUCUGUUUAGUGUUCCCACUAAGGACGUACUACCUGUGUGCAAAAACUGGAAUAGAAGCUGACGAGUGGAUUAAAAUAUUGCGAUGGAAACUGUCACAAAUACGGAAGCAGCUGGAGCAGCGUACCACCACCCUCAAUUCCUAGCUGUGCCUCCGAUACCUCUGUGCCAUGGGCAGGAAUUGCCUCUUUGCCGAGGGGAAGGCAUUGCUUACAAGAGGACGGUUUUGAAUAUCUACAUUGCUCACGGGGGACACGUGCGUGCAUGUCUACUCGCACAUGGACGCUCGCUUCCAGCUCUGCACACAAAAGAUUCGUACAGCUGAGCGCGCUCAGGCUGGAUUGGAUCACGUGUGGAGACAGGUUGCAAAAUCGGAGUGUUGGUCUGAUAUGCGCGGUGUAUGUCUGUAAAGCACUUAAUUCAAACACCCGCUAACUAAUCACAGAAGUAGUUGCUGUUUAAAACUUUUGUGGUUAUUCAGAGCACUCUCGAUAAUUUAUUGCAAGCUCCAUCACAACUAACCAUUAGCAGCAUAUUCUGUAACCUUGAGCCUGUUAUUUAAAACCAGUCCUUUCUGGAAAUGUUACAUAUUUCUUUUGUAUUACCUGUUUAGGCUCUAAACCAAAAGAAAAAUGACAGAGGUAAUUACAUUUUUGUAAAUAGUACCUGUGUUACAAUCCAGAGAAUAUUUUAAGGCCCUUUUCAAGGUGUUGGAUGAGUAACACUUAGUUCUCGUCAAACACGGUUUGGUAUGGUUCAGAUUUAUACCGCAGUGAUGGCUACGAGUGGACAUUUGUUUCAAACAGCAUCUAUAGGUACCAGUGAGCAGCAUCAUGCACACAUGGUUGCUUACAAACUAGGAUGAUGAGAAACAAGCAGCCGGUUUGCAGCGCACCUAUGACAGAGCUGCCAGGGGACUCUAAGGAUGGGUGACAGGGCUCUGCAGAAGCCUUUGCCUGCAGCAGCCACCAGUGUUGUUCAUAGCAUUGCAAGUUGGGCCCCUACAGCCCCCCUUGAAAAUAGGCUAGAUUUUGUAGUUUUUCCUCCCGCAGAGAACUCAAACCAAGGUUUUGUCCAGAACUACAUUCUAGGAUUAAGCACUGCUUGCUUUUAUAUUAAACAAGAUCAGAAACAGAAAAGCACCACCUACACCGAAAAUCUGAAUUUAAAACAAUACAUUGUCUACAUAACCUGGUGUAAAUUUCCAUCUGUAUUUUGGAAGACUGGUAUGCAUGUAACAGCAUUGUGGCUUUCCACAAAGAUGAGAAGUGGAAGCCCAGUACUUUGGUGCUGUAGUCAAAAUAGAUGUUAGGUUUUGGAAACAAAAUUUGAUGCACUGUGCCUCCCAAGCGCAGCUUGCUCUGACCUCAUGGCUGACCCAGCUGCAAGAGCCCCUGAGCAAUCCUGCUCCUCCUGGAGGGGUGGGGAGAGCAGGGAGCCCUGUCUUCCUGCAUGAUGCUCAAGUCUGCUGAAACGGUACGCAAACCCUGAGGCACAGGGCUUGUGUAUUGCUCACCACCGCAGCUCAAUAGGUGCGCCUUUACUGUGAGAAGGCUGAGGAGGAGGGGAAAAAACAUACUGGAGGAAAAAAAGAAAAUCCAGAUUUGGACAUAGGAAUAGCAUUUUAUUUCAACUUACAAAUUCAAAAUAUUUGUAAAUAUUUUUUAUACAGACUGUUUUCUGAAUAAAAUGUCAUUACAAAACUA